ACCUGGGAUGAAGCCUGUUUUUCCUUAUCGAUGUGGGAAGAAAUUGCCACUCUUCGAAGCCAGCUCCGGACCCAGGCCCAGGUGACAGUGCUGAUGAGUCAGGCUAUCCAGGGCCUGAUGGAAGAUAGAGAGCAUCAGAAAUGUCAGAUUGAUGAUCUAGAAGAUGAGCUGGGCCGGCUUCGAGGGACCCCUGAAGGGCGAGCAAGGUUGGAGCAACGAGUAGAGGACCUGAACUCAGAGCUGCAGAACCUACGGCGGCAACUCCAAGCCCGUCCAGGGGAGGCCAGUGUGACUGCUCUCUUGCGACAAGAGCUACAGAAUGACCGCCAGCUGCUAUGGGAGGAAUAUGAAGCCGUUCAAGGGGAGCUGAAGCUUUUUCGGGACCAACUGGGUCAACAGCAGGAAUUAUUGCUGAGGCAGAUGGCUGAGGCCAGGCAAGCGCAGGGGCGGAGCUGGAAGGUACUGGAGCAGUUACAGAUUGAUCAAGAAGGCCACUUCCGGGUGGUGGACGCUGCCAGGGAGGAGGCUCGGGAUGUUCGGCAGGAGAUUGAUCUUGUCAGGGCCAUGGUGUGUUCUCUGCAGGCUCAGCUUCGAGGGGAUCCCCCUCGGCCAGACUCUGCAGUCUCUAGCUCUGACCUGAGCCUCCUAGACAGUGACAGCAGCUGGGAUAUACCGUCUCGGGAGGCAGCUUUGCCAGCAGAUCCCCGUAGCAACACUGCAUCGAGCGUUGAAUCCAGCACGGAGCUCGUCACUUCUACAAGGAGCCCCCAGACAUCCAACCGGUCAAAUCAGGCACCCAAGCUGCUCCUUAGUGACCUUUGAAAGGGCUGGCCAGCACUCUGUCUUGGCCUGUUGAAGGACAAGGGACAGCCUUAGGGAAAAGGGGAGAGAGAACCGAGGGAAGCAUCUUAUUCCCGGUAGCCUCCCCUUUCCCAGGAGCCUUGAGGGACUUUCCCAAAGGAUUUCUUGAUGGGCUGCUGGCCCCAAAUCCUUGCAGUCUGUUUCCUGGCUCCCUUCUGUUCCUCUCAUCUCCCCCAAAGAUUUCUCCCUUUCCCCCAUCCCCCAAAUCUGGAAUAAAAAGUGUUAACUCUA